AUGCCACCGGAUCUGGACCUUACCCAAGACGUCCCUGAAGAAGUUCUUCUUGUCCUUUCGCCUCACGAACGUCUAUGGGUCGAAGUUCAUGCCUUUCUCUUCAAGAAUACGAUGGGAAGAAGCCUUUUUGUCGACGAGACACUCGUCGGCAAGACUUCUAUCCCACUGGACCAGUUUAUUGUCAACGAGCAGCUAGCUGCAAUCUCCGAGAAUACUCUCUCCACAGCAUCUGGGUACGAGUUUCGCGACGCCCGGACCGGCUCUGAAUCCUUUUACAAGUACAUUACUAGCUUCAACAGUAAGGUCGAUACGCUCUCCCGUGCCCACACCGAUGUCUCGGCCGAACCAAGUAUUCCUACCGGGGCUGCCCAACCAAUCGACCACGCCAGUAUCAUCAAGGAGGCAAUUUUGGCAUCAAAGACCGCGACCACCAAUGACGCGGCAACCAAAGCUCAAGAGCGAGUCCUACUGUCAUGGCGAAUACUCUUUGGCCAUUUUAUCACCCAACGGUGUAGAGAAGACCGCCUGCGUCAACUUCCUCUUCCGGAACUUCCAGUGCACGAAUACUUGUUGCCCUUUGCUCCAUCUCCAUAA